UCUAACAUAAACUCACCCUCCCCAAGGAAGCCUGUGAAAGUGGACAGACCCCUCAAAACCCACGUGGGGUCGGAGGAACUAAUUCACCUUCCCAGGCCUGGGGAUUCUGGUCCCUGUUUCAGAGAAGGGUCUGCUGUCAUGGGGGCCUGUGGGGAGUGGGCUCAGUCAGCAGUGGUAGGGGACAGUGGCUGCUGGGAGCAGAGGAUAUGCAACUUCAGCCAGCCCUCAUCAUGUGGGAAUACAGGCCAACGCAUGGCCCUUCUUUGUUUUUGCUUACCUAGCAUUUUUUUCUGUGAAAUAUCACAAUUUUAAAACAUGGACCAACUAAUUCCAUGUUUUUAAUGCACUCUAGGCCAAACAAAACAGAGUUGCCUGCAGGCUGGCCAUCAGCCCCCUCUGGCUUUAGGGACACUUAGCCCUCUGGCUGACCCUUGAACCAGGCCCUUAGUGAGGGGGAGUGGAGAGAGUUUCUGGGGCUCUGCUCUGGACAGACCCCUCCCCGUGGCUGUGGGGCAGGAGUUCUGCCUUCUAGAGCACAGCUGUUCCCAUCCAGCUGUUAGGGCCCAAGCAAGGGGUAGCAGCUGCCAGCCAUCAGUGGGGACAACUGGGCAACCCCAGCCUGGGCUGGCAACUGUGGCUUUGGGUUAAGGGCAGUGGCUGUCAAUCUGCCCAUUGCCUUUGAUCAGACUGGGCUGGGCACAUGGUUUGUUCACAAACAGGAAACAGAGAAUUGGGCAGGGUGGGGGAGAGACUGCAGGUUGAUUUUAGGAGGCAACACUAUCAAAACUGGACCUGCUUUACCCCCAGGACCCAGGUGCAGAUUGGAAACCAAGCAAAUGAUAUUGGAUGUCUUUGAUGCCAGGGCUGCUGGGUUUGAACAGGCCAUCCAUGCAGCCAGCCGCAUCAUUCGAAAUGAACAGUUUGCCAUCAGACGCAUCCAGUCCAUGCCGUUGAGGCUUCUGGACCACAGCCCUGUGCUACGAAACAUCACCAACUCCCAGAACUCCCCAGCACUGGGCGGCUGGAGGAAGAGCGAGGCGGUUGCUGCUAGUAGCUCUGGGGAAGACAAAGAGAAUGAUGGAUCUGUCUUCAAGAUGCCGUGGAGACCCACCCAUCCCAGCCACGCCCACGCUAUGGCAGAGUGGACCAGCCGCAGGGAAGCCUUUGCCCAGAGGCCAAACUCAGCCCCCAACCUGAUGUGUUUUACCCCCGAGCGGAAGGUGGAAGUGGAGGAGCUGAGCCCCCUGCCCCAACGCCACUCCUCCCUGAUCCCCCCCGAGGGGGCAGCUGAGGAAGAUGAUGGAUUUGUGGACAUCCUAGAGAGUGACUUGAAGGACGACGAUGAGGUCCCCCCAGGCAUGGAGAGUCUUAUUAGUGCCCCACUGGUCAAGACCUCGGAAAAGGACGAGGAACAGGACCUCAUCAUGCUCAGCAAGUGCCAGCGGCUCUUCCGCUCCCCGUCCAUGCCCUGCAGUGUGAUCCGGCCCAUCCUCAAGAGGCUGGAGCGGCCCCAGGACAGGGAUAUGCCCGUGCAGAACAAGCGGAGGAGGAGCGGGACCCCUCCCAAGGAGCACCGGGAGCCCCAGGAGCCUAAAGCCCGCGUCCUCCGCUCCAAGUCCUUGUGUCACGACGAGAUCGAGAGCAUCCUGGACAGUGACCACCGCGAGCUGAUCGGGGAUUACUCCAAGGCCUUCCUCCUGCAGACUGUGGAUGGAAAACACCAAGACCUCAAGUACAUUUCACCAGAAACGGUGGUGGCCCUGCUGAUGGGCAAGUUCAGCAACAUCGUGGAGAAGUUUGUGAUCGUGGACUGCAGAUACCCUUAUGAGUAUGAAGGCGGGCACAUCAAGACUGCCGUGAACCUGCCCCUGGAGCGGGAUGCUGAGACCUUUCUGCUGCAGAGUCCCAUUACCCCUUGUGGCCUAGACAAGAGAAUCAUCCUCAUUUUCCACUGUGAAUUCUCAUCUGAACGUGGCCCCCGCAUGUGCCGCUUCAUCAGGGAGCGAGAUCGUGCUGCUAACGACUACCCCAGCCUCUACUACCCUGAGAUGUAUAUCCUCAAAGGCGGCUACAAGGAGUUCUUUCCACAGCACCCGACCUUCUGUGAGCCCCAGGACUACCGGCCCAUGAACCACGAGGCGUUCAAAGACGAGCUGAAGACCUUCCGCCUCAAGACGCGCAGCUGGGCCGGGGAGCGGAGCCGGCGGGAGCUCUGCAGCCGGCUGCAGGAACUGUGAAGGGCUGACGUUGGUCCCCCCUGCCUGCCUUGCCUCUCCUUGUCUCCCCCAGUGUGCCUGCAGGUCUGGGGGCCUGCUGGGGGUUCAGAUCUGACUGCCCCUAGCCGUAAGCCCCCACCUCCACCCCCAUCUGGGUCCUGGCACCCGUACCCCAUCCCUGCAGAAGAACCCAGACUGUUGAGAGCAAGUUGAGUUAAGACUAGCUCAAAGAAGUGUCCAGCAGGAGCCUUUUUACUGGUUUUCUUUCUAGUUUGGGUUAACCCAUUGUCUUCCUCUGUCCAGAAAAGCCCCCUUUCUUUCUAGGGGCCUUGUUUAUAUGUCAGCUGAGGCUGGGAGAAAGCCACAGCCCUCUGGGAUGGGCCAGAGCUGAACUUUCUUCCCUCUCCUGGAGUCAGCCCUCCAUCCCCGGCACACUGUCCUGCCCGGGGCUGUCCCACCUGCUGUCUUCAGUAUCCCUGGCUGUUUCUGCCAUGUAUUCCCUUUUCUCUGCUCUUCUUUGCUGUCCCUCCAUUCACACCCCUCCAUUAAGCAUAACCUUAAGCUCCUUCUGUUUCCUGUUUCAGUGUUACUUGCAUGCUUGGUGUGUUUUGAGUUUCUGCCUGUCUCAGGGGACACAUUCACAGGCUGAGGUUUUGGUUCCCCUGUCCAAAGCUGGGGUUAGAGACUCAAACACGAAUGAUCCCCUUAGCCCAAGCUUCUAUUGCCUCAGGGUCCUGGGGUGAUGGCUAAGGCCUGAAUCAUGAGCCCAGCCCCCCUCCCCGCCCCCUGCUGUGCGCCCUGGAGCCUGACUAGACAGAACUUGCUGUCUUGCCACGGAUGGAUGGAUGGAUGGCUGAAGGUGCACAAGCCUUGCACACAUGUGCACACAAACCCAUCAGGUGGAAGCACUUAGGUGAGCAUGACAGCCUGCAGCAGGAGGAUAUGUGUGUCUGGACAAAAAUUUUUAUACUUACGGUUUGGAAGUAUUCAAGAGAAAACCUCACAGAAGCAGCUAAACCAAGGACCUAGCAACCUCUGGAUUCUGAAUCUCAAGCUAAGGGAAGGGCUGGACCGAAAGGGCCUUGGUUCAAUAAAGCACUGACCAAGUCGA